GGUUCCUACCAACCUGGCAUGGAACCGAAACGGCAGCGCACCGCCUACACACGCCAUCAGAUACUCGAACUGGAAAAGGAAUUCCAUUACAAUCGUUAUCUCACUCGUCGCAGACGCAUCGAAAUCGCACAUACGCUGGUGUUGUCGGAACGGCAAAUAAAAAUCUGGUUCCAGAAUCGACGUAUGAAGUGGAAAAAAGAUAAUAAAUUGCCAAAUACUAAGAAUGUGAGGAAGAAAACGGUAGACGCAAAUGGAAAUCCAACACCAGUAGCGCCGAAGAAAUCAAAAAGGGUUAGUGCUAAGAAACAGGCGCAGCAACUGCAACAGACAACCCAGCAACAGUCGCAACAGCAACAACAAAAACCAGUGAUAAAUGAGUGUUUACGAACGGAUAGUCUAGAAAGUAUCGGUGACGUCAGCGCAUCUCUAGGCAAUCCGUCCUAUAUGCCCGUACCUAAUGAUGCGCCAAACUUGCUUGGUGCGCCAACGCUUCAUCAGCAUCCCUGCAAUAACACCAACAACAGCGGGAAUGGUAGCUACGCAGGAUCUCAACCACAGCAACAACUACCAAAUGGUCAUGCGAAUGGUGGUGUCAAUGUUCCUGGAAAUUUGCAAACGCCCUCCAAUACAAACAACAAUCAAAUUCAUACAAACUUACAUCAAGCUACUCAACAUACACACGCACCGCUUCCGCCGCCGCAACAACAACAAGAUAUGUUGGCGAAUCUCCAACACAUCAAACAGGACUAUGAUCUGACCACACUGUAGAAAUCAAGGGCGUGCGGCAGACGUUUGGGAUUAGGUUUUUAACUCAGUUGCAAUACAUACAUACAUACAUAUGUAUGUACAUAUAGUACUUUUAUCUCAUUUUCAAAAUUACAAACAUUUUUAUACACGGUGUUGCAAAAUAAAGAAAAUUGCACGAACUUUUUAAAUGACCUAAUAUAGGGAGUAGGCUCGUCGAGUAAUUCACGAAACUGCGUUUAAAAUUUUUCUAACACCCUCAAUUCUCAACUCGUUCUUAAAA